AGCUUUGACAGCUAAUUGUGUGAAAUGACAUGUUUGAAAACAACCCCUAUUUUAGCUACCGGCAGAGCAAAAAAAUAUUAUAAAUCCCGCUAAAUGCAGAAUUAUAACAAAGACUUGUGAUAAGUGAACGCAUAAGUGUAAAACUAUGUCACCACCGGAGGAAAAAAAGGUGGCAAAGGUCGUUGUUUUGGGUGAUAUCGGCCGGAGUCCACGUAUGCAAUAUCAUGCGUUAUCGCUCGCAAAUAAUGGACUAAAAGUAAAUAUGAUUGGUUAUUUAGAGACGGCUCCUCUUAUUGAAAUAUUGCAACACCCUCAAAUAACUAUAACGAAGCUUUAUCCGUUCGACUUUAACCCAUUACCUAGACUGCUAAGAUAUAUGGCCAAAGCUAUUUGGCAGACUCUGAGUUUGCUCUGUACACUGUUUAUAACAGGCAAAUGUAAUUAUUUGCUAUGUCAGAACCCUCCAGCGAUCCCUACAUUACCAGUGUGUAGGUUCUAUUGUUUAGUUAGUAGAGCUAAGUUUAUUAUAGACUGGCACAACUAUGCAUAUUCUAUCAUGGCCAUGUCUCUAUCUAUGGAUCAUUUAUUAGUUAAAAUAGCAAAGCACAUAGAGAGGUUUUUUGGUGAAGCUGCAGACCAUAAUUUGUGUGUUACAUACUCAAUGAAAGAGGACCUAUUGACACAUUGGAAUGUUCGACAGGCCACAGUUCUUUACGACAGACCCCCUAAAAUAUUUCGCCCACUAUCUAUAGAGGAGAAACAUGAAUGGUUCUUGAAGCUCAGUCAAGAGUAUCCUACAUUUGCAUACCAUGGCCGGGAACAGCUGAACCAGUCUGCAGGAGAGAAUACCGGAACAGCAUUGACUCAUGUAGUAAACAAUCAGAUAGAACUGAGACCUGAUAGGCCUGGGAUCCUGUUCAGUAGCACUAGCUGGACUCCAGAUGAAGACUUUAGCAUAUUACUUGAUGCCCUACAGGUUUAUGAAACUAUGAAUAACUCUCUCUCAGAGGGUGAAUCGUCCAGCCUUCCAAAGUUAAUAUGUGUCAUAACUGGCAAAGGUCCUAUGAAACAGCAAUAUCUCGAGAAAAUCGAAAAAAGAAAGUGGAAACACAUCAGUGUGAUCACACCAUGGCUGGAGGCUGCAGAUUACCCGAAAAUGGUGGCUAGUGCAGAUCUUGGUGUUUGUCUGCACACCAGCUCCUCAGGACUGGACCUCCCAAUGAAGAUUGUGGAUAUGUUUGGAGCUGGUCUACCUGUUUGUGCUUUUGAUUUCCUCUGCCUCGAUGAGCUUGUCGAAAAUGGCGUCAACGGCUACACCUUCAAAUCAAGCGAAGAACUCGCCAAGGAUAUUAUAGGCUGGUUCCAGGGUUUCCCUAACAAUGAGAAACAGAACAAGAUAGCAGAGAGAAUGAGACAGGAGAUAGCCACAUUCCGGGAGACCAGGUGGGAAGAUAACUGGGACCUACGAGUGAAGAAAUACUUUUCCUCCUGAAUAACUGAGUUUGUAUGAUGAGGGACCAAUAUGUAAAGUUAUGAAAUUGAUUUGGGAGUUUGGACCCAGGUUAUUCAAUCAAGGGCUGUUAUAAUCUUAUAAUAUAAAACAUUGUGUGUUGUGAUGACUCCUAAUUGAAGUUAUUGUGAUUUUGGAAAUUCCAACAGCCAUGUAUGGAAUAAAUUGUUAUUGAAUUAUUAUUGUAUCAUGAGUUCAUAAUAUUUUUGUUGCAUUUUUAGGCAUGUAAGUGUAAUAACUGAAUUAUUGCCUUCUAGUAUUUUUUCUUUUAUGUUGUAACUGUUGGUGCUAAAACCUUAAGUUUAAUUUACAGAUCAAGAAUAUAUAAUGUAAUAAUCAUGUGAAUUGUUUCAAUUAUGGAGAGAUGCUCCCUUUGCAUUUAUUAUGAAAUGCAUUUGAAACUUGUGCAAUAUGUCCACAGUAGCUUUCUGUCCAAGAGAUACAGGGGUAUGUUUGGAAAGUAUUCACAUUAAAAUGCAUGGUACAUAUUAAUGUGUAUGCUUUAUACUUCUCUUUAAUAAACAAACAUGACUGUG